AUGUUUUUCAGAAGAUGGAAAUGGUGUCUGGCCGUCAUCGCUACCAUUCUUUUCCUUGUAACAAUAUCCUCUUUCUCAGCUCAGCUCACACCUUCGAGAACAUCCAUUCUUCCGCUAGGACACCACGAUCAAACGCCCCCAUCGCCGCCGAAGCCACAACAAAUUCCAACUGGAAAUUCUCAAAGCUCGCAUGCGUGCCCAGCGAUACCGCCUAACCCAGUUGUGACUCCAAAUACUGGCGCUCGGUUUGAUUGGAGAGCGAUUCCGAGUCACCACCCGGUCGACCACUAUGUGCAACUAUCGUCGCAAAAGCCUUCGCCUAGAGAAGCUGUUCAACGAUCUCCUAAUCCAGCGGCAUUGAAUGCGAACAAGACUGCCUUUCGCCGAGAGGCUGUCAAACAGACUUUCCAGAGGAGUUGGAGAUCUUACAAGGAGCGUGCAUGGAUGAGAGAUGAGCUUGCACCUAUCUCGGGUCAACCUCGAACCACUCAAUUCGGUGGCUGGGGAGCCACCUUGGUUGACUCAUUAGAUACUUUAUGGAUUCUGGAUAUGAAAGAUGAGUUUGCAGAAGCUGUCGAAGCAGCGCUCCAGAUUGAUUUCAAACCAAGUGAUGAUCGCGAAAGCGAGAUCAACAUGUUUGAGAUCAUCAUACGCUAUCUGGGAGGCUUCAUAGGCGCCUACGACGUGUCCGGUUGUCAUGACGCCCGCCUUCUGAACAAAGCACUCGAAGUGGCGGAUAUGGCAUAUGCGACAUUCGAUACAUCGAAUCGUAUGCCGGUCUCGAGAUGGAAAUCAGGGAAAGCAGCAGGUGGAGAAGAGCAACUGCCAGCACGCUCAGUGCUCAUAGCCGAAGCAGCGUCUGCUAGCGUAGAGUUCACUCGUCUCUCCCAAAUUACAGGUGAUAUGAGAUAUUUUGACGCCAUCUCCAGAGUUACGAACGUCCUGGACGAGCAACAAGGAUCUACCAAGCUUCCUGGCAUGUGGCCCAUCAGCGUGGAUAUGAGGACACCAAACUUAACCUUUGAUGCUUUCUUCGGGCUGGGUGCCAUGGCCGAUUCAGCAUUUGAGUAUCUACCAAAGAUGCAUCAAUUGCUCAAUGGUUUCGAUCCGGCUGACCAGUAUCGCAAAAUGUACGAAUACGCAAUGGACACCGCGAUUACAUACACCAUGUUUCGGCCGAUGGUGGAGGACAAAGCCGAUAUUCUGAUCGCUACCGCUAAACACGAUGGUCCUGACGGGCAGAGAGAUGAUACUGGGCAGCAUCUAGUAUGUUAUGCGGGAGGUAUGCUGGCGCUUGGAGGGCGGCUCUUUGACAAUCAAACCCAUUUCAACGUGGGCCGAAAGAUCUCUGAUGGCUGUGCAUGGACGUACAAAAAAGCGCCAAAUGGAAUCAUGCCUGAGGUUUUCUCCAUGACGCCUUGCCCGUCGCAGUCGGAAUGCGAUUACAUACCGGGCGCUGCUCCGUUCAGCGCCGUGCAUGACGGUCGUUAUAUCCUCCGACCAGAAGCAAUCGAGUCGGUCUUCUACAUGUUUCGACUCACUGGAGAGACCAAAUAUCAGGACAUUGCAUGGGAUAUGUUCCGGGCCAUCGAAUCAAACACCAAAACUGAGUUUGGUAGUGCCGCACUCCAGGAUAUUAUGAAGACUCCACCAGAUAAGAGCGACAGCAUGGAGAGCUUCUGGCUUGCUGAAACUCUGAAAUACUUCUAUCUCAUCUUUAGUGAUCACGACCAGAUUAGCUUGGACGACUUCGUGUUCAAUACUGAGGCACAUCCUUUCCGGAUACCUUACCGAUAA